AUGCAAGCUACCAACGCGAUCGACCUUGGCCCAUCUCUGAGGGCCGAACUGGAGUCCAUGAUUUGCGACGAAUCCGGCCGACCCCAUCCAAAGACCUUCUCCACGCCUAGGACCGCCUGUUUUUGCCGUCUCCAUGAUGUUAGUAAUUGAAAAAAUCAAUAUCUGUUUCAAGCCAACAAAACUCAUUAUAACUACAGAUCUCUCUAAAAAUCCCUUGUUUUUCAGAAAUACAUGGUCGAUUUCGUUAAGUCACCAGCUUAUUCCGGCUAUCUCAACGAGAUUUCAACUCAAAUCGAGACGACGGUUAGUUUUUCCUUUUCAAAAUUGUCCUUCUUGAUAUGAGUAUUUGAAGAUGUUACUCUUUAAAAUCAUAAAAAUAUUGUGAAAGAAUGAAAAAAUAUUCUCUAGUAAGCUAUAAAUCAAAAAUUGAGGAUUCAGUUCAUCAUUUUGGGGAGGCUCCUCCCCUUUUUCGAAGAAAGAGAAAUCAGAAAAAUAGAAACAUGGGUUCAUGAUCGUAGGGAAGAAUUUUAGAUCCGCGAAUAUUCGUGAGCGUGAAUUGUGCAUACACCAAUCUUGGAAAACGAUGUUUGGAAAUAUUCGUCUCUUUUUUGGUUUUUAUGAGUCAACGAAAAAAAAAAUUAAAGAAGAGGUGAAACCCCCAAGAUUGGUGUAUGCACAAUUCACGCUCACGAGUAUUUGCGGACCCAAAAUUUCUUACUAUCAUUUUUAAUUCCAGUUGUGAACUUCUCUCCACUCAUUUGAACUUUUUAAAACCUUCUUACAAACCUCCGCAUAACUUUAUAAUUCUCAGGUGGAGUUACCGCGAGCGAAUCGGCCAAGAAGAACGACGAGUUCGAAUUCGGACGCCCAGUCCUCUUCGGCCGAUUCUCUAACCUCGGCUUUCAACAAGCACAUCGAGACGUUGGAACAGAAACGGAUAGAGCUAGACAAUCGGACCCCGGUGAAUUCGCCGAGAAGUCAACGGAGCACGCCGAGGAGCAGGUACCAAAAUCAAUUCACUCAUAAAUAGCGGAAAAAGGUUAUAAAAUCUAGAAAAUUGCGGCCUUGAUACUUUCUUAUAAACUUUCAUACAGCUGGGAAUCGUUGAGGUGAAAUAUAAACCGAAAAAACCUGAGAUCUGUCCGUUUCAGCUUGAGACUGGACUCAGAAAUUCCAGAGUGGUCCCUCUAGGGUCAACCUUAGGGGCUCUUGGAGGGUCCCCUCUCACUUUACCAACCCCUAGAGUCCACUAAAUCUUGCAAAAGUAGUCCCUAUAGGGUUUUCAGUUAGUGACCCCUAUAGGGGACAUGAUAGUCGAUAAUUUUUAUGAAAUUCAUGAGUUUUAAUGCGAAAAACUAAAAAAAAACCUUUUUUGAAUAAAAAUUGGUAGACCCCUAUGUGAACCACUCAAGCUUCAGGGUCAAGGAGUCAGACCCUAAACCCCUAUAGUGACCACUUUUUCGGGCCCUACAGGUGCUGUUUUUCCCCCAAACUCCUAUAGAGGACCACUCACAAACUUGAAAAAGAAGCUUCUGAAGACAAUUACUCACUAAAAAAAACCCAGUCUAAUUAAUUUUUACCCCCUUAAACUCUCUAAAAUCCCACGAUCUCUCCUCACCGUUAUAUCCUUGCUCUCAGCGUCAUUUGGAACCUCGUAGCUCCCCAAAAAUGCUAGAAAAGCACACACGGUGUAGUGUAGUGUACACUCGGCUGAACACACAACGAGAUCCUAUCACACCGGCGCGCCCCGACGAGUCACCGGUCCCGUGGUGUAGCGGUUAGCACUCAGGACUCUGAAUCCUGCGACGGGAGUUCAAAUCUCCCCGGGACCUUUCCCUCUUUUUGCCGUUUUUUUGCAAGGUGUUCUUAUCACAAAUUUUCAGCCGUUUGGCCGAAGUUGACGAGCUGGGCCGCUACCACGCUCUCUACGAUGACACACAUUCCUACUCGGGUACUCAGAAAACGCCGUCCAGGUAAAUUUACAAUCAAAAAGAUGUCUAAAUGCUCACUUGGCGGAAAAAAAAUGUUUAAAAAAUGUUUAAAAAGACUUUCAUAUCUACAGAAAAUCCUUCUUUUCCCCGAUUUUAGAAUCAAAUCAACACUACGGAAGUAUCUGGACAAGACGGCUUUAAAAGAGGAAGAAAUUGCCGAAGAAGUGGCUCGGUCGAUAAUUCUCGACAUGCAAAAAUUGGUCGCGUCGGCGGAUUCGCCGAGAUGA